UGACGUUGAAGGCGGGUCCGCCGCGUUGUGACGCGAUAGAGUCCGCGGCUCCACGAAUCCGUUUUCUCCUCAGGCACCUCCCUUUGCUCUUCCCAUGGGGCGGGGCGUUGCGAUGAUGAGGGGGCACGAGACUAAGCCGGCCCGGGGUAGAGCAGGUGGGAUGACAGAAUGCCCCCUGGUUCCAGCCUUUCCCACGGGCCGGCCCGGACGGCUCCAGCGCCACCUCUUGAGCGGCGAGUUCGACCAGCUGCGAGACUUUCCCAUCUUUGAGAGCAACUUUGUGCAGGUGACCCGGUUAGGAGAAAUCGCCAACAAGGUCACCAUGGGGGUGGCAGCCUCCAGUCCAGCCCUGGAGCUCCCAGACCUGUUGCUGCUGGCCGGCCCCGCCGAGGAUAACGGACGCCUGCAGCUCCUUGGGCUGUUCCCCUUGCAGUUCGUCCAACUCUUUAUCCACGACGAAAGCCGCUGGCAACUCAAGGUCAAGUUCCGCACAGGCCGAGCCUUCUACCUGCAGCUGCGGGCCCCGCCCGAGACCCGAGACCGCGAGUUCGGCCAGUGGGUGCGGCUGCUCUACCGCCUGCGCUUCCAUUCGGCCCAGGGAGCCGUGCCCUUCACGCAGGAGUACCCGACGCCGGAGGACGGGGAGGAAGACCACGAGGAGGAUGGGCUGAUAGAGCAGGAGGAGCUCCAAGCCAUGGAAGGCAGACUUGACCCACAGACCUCUGAACUCUGGGGACUCUGAGUCCCUCCACUAUGCUUUGAGGUCACCGUAGGACCAGAGAUCAAAGAAACCUACCUCGGGGCCAGAAAGAUGAAUUAUUAAAGUUAAUAAAGAUCGGCCACUUAAGAACCAACAA